UCUGCAUGUGGAGUCUGAGCUCUCAUCCAUCUCCCUUCGUCCGUCGAUUUAGCGGAGACGUGCCUAAUUACAGCAUGAACGAAAAACUACGUAAGAAAUUGCUCAAAGACUAAACAAGUUGGCCCUGCCGCACCGAAACCAGAACGGAACCACGGCGGUUAAGUUUGGAUUCGUCAUCAACGGCAUAUCGGUCGACGAAGUGGAGGAGGUUUUCACUGUCAAUGCCUGGAUGAUGAUGCGAUCGCAAGAUCCGAGACUCGAGUGGGACUACAAGGACUACGGAGGCCUCAAGGUGCUCCACAUGGGGGACCAAGAGCUCUGGCAGCCGGACAUCAGCCUGUACAACAACGCCGAGCACUCGGAAGUCGACCACUACGGCAACGUGCACCUCGUCGUCGACCCGGACGGGAAGGUGUUGUGGUUUCCUCCGGCCGUUUUCCGCGCAGUGUGCCCCUUGGACUUCACCUACUGGCCUUACGACACGCAGAAGUGUCGGCUGUUCUUCGGCUCCUGGACGAAGAACGGCUGGGAAAUCGACGUUCAAUUGCUCCAUAACAGCACUCUCAUAUACCAGGAUUCAUUUCUGAAGUUCUCCCACGUAUGGCAGUUUGUGGAUGGCAAGAUGAACCGAUAUUGACCUCGCUCCUGACGCUGGUCCAGUUCCUCCUGCCGCUGCGGGAGAGCAAGAGUAUCACCGUCGGCUGUGUGAGCACGCUGCUCACGCUCCUCGCACUCUUCUACGUGGCCAGGAGCGUGCCCAGUCUGGCCUCAUCCGUGCCCAUCAUCGGUUAGACACACUUUCGGACAUAUAUAGCUUUAUGUAUAUAUAGUUUUGUAGUGAAAACUGACGUUCAAAUAUCUGUAGAAUACAAUUACUUCAAAACAAUCCCUUCCAACCAGUUCGACUCGUUAACAUUCUUUUCCCCGCUACUCAAUUCUUGUCUUAACCCACCAGCUUUUCCCUACACAUAGUUCAUGCUGAAAUUCUUAGUAUUACAGCUUGAUCUUUUGUUCCAACUCUCUC